UCUCAAGCCGUGGUGACGUGAACAGCUCCUUCGUACUCAGUCAAGAUGAAGUUCUCAGUCGCUGCCGCCAUUCUUCUAUCAGUCUUGGCACUGGCCCACGCCGACGCCAAAGCCGACGCCAAAGCUGACGCCAAGGCCGAUGCCAAAGCCGAGCCGUCAGCCAAGCCAUCAGCCAAACCAGCAGCCAAGGCAGCGCCUAAGGCCGCUGCCAAAGCCGAAGCCAAAGCCACCGCCGAUGCCAAGUCCGACUACUUCCCAACCGCCGCGUUGCACUUCGGAGGGGGCGGCGUUCCCCUCAUUCCUGGGGGAGGAUACGGAGGACACGGGGGGCUUGGGGGCCUGGGAGGAUUUGGGGGAAAAGGAGGGGAGCAUUACUUGCCCGUGGCCCCCGCUGUGCACCCAGUGCCGUGCUACGAUGACGCUAAGGUCAUCUACUCCACCAUCGUCGAACAGGUUCCCCUCUAUGAAAAAGUAUAUGAGACUCAAGUGAUUCCCACGACGUUGUACAAGACGAUCUACAACACCGAGUACGUGUCCAAGUACAUCACCGAGUUCGUGCCUGAGUACAUCACUAAAGCUGUACCAGUCCCUGAACUGACGUACAUUACCAAGUACAACACUGUGUACAAGACUGAAUAUCAACCUCAGUACAUCACCCAGACCGAAUACGUCCCUAAGUACAUCACCGAAACGCAGUACGAACCAGUGUACAAAACUCAGGUGAACUACCAGACCUUGUACAGUACCAUCUACCAGCCGCAGUACGUCACCAAGACCAACUUCAGAACCAAGAUUACCUACCAGACCGAGUAUGUUCCUGAGUACGUCUCGGUAACGGAGACCCAAGUGGCUUACAAGACCGUGUGCCCGAAACCUGCUUAUGGUUACAAGCCGCAGUACAAUGCCUACGGUUAAACGGAUUCAAGAAAUUUCGUUUCAUUGCGUGUGAUAUUAUAAGCAAUUAAUGUUGAAAUUUGGUUCAAACUGGAAAACUUUCGACGGCCGGGCAUUCAGUUAAAGAAAAGUGGUACAAUUAACUGAAGCGAAAUUUCCCAAAAAUUUCAAAGUAUCUAGAAAUUGUUUUUCUUUAUUCCAAAAAUUUAUAUAAGUGAACAAAUAUUACAGAGUUCUAAUGCACCAAGUAAUAAUCGAGUUUCUGAGAUGUGAACAAUGUUUUUGUCGAAACGAAUGUAUUUAAUAUUACGGAGCUAAUAAAUAGAUCUAACAUUCA